AUGGACGAUUGUGGGGAUGAUUUCGUGGAGGAUUUCUUCGCCGAUGCUUCGGACAAUACUAAAUCGAAACGGAAGAAUCCAUCCACGAAUCUCGAUAAGGACCUCGGUGACCUUGCUUACGAUUGUUCAUCAAAAAGAGUUAAAGCAAAAGAAGGGUUUGAAUCGGGGGUCACUAUUCCCAAUCAAUGUAAAGUGAAACUCACGUCUAAAGGAAAAGACAAAUGCAGGCCCACCGGAGUCAAGAGAGAGUCACCGUCCCAGUCUCCUCUAGUCUCAUUGUCUACCGAAUCACGAUCUCCCCAUAAAUCACCCGAAAAAGCUUUAUCGCCUCCGCCUCUCACAGAUUUGCCUGUUCUCUCAUCAAGCACGACAACUGCCUCUCCGUCGUUGAAGAAACGUGGGCUCCCGAUUUGUGUGACUCCAUCAACCGGUCUUCGACUCGGACUUUCUCGCAGAAACAUUCGGUCGUCUCUUCAUCCGAAUGUUAAAUUCGCGUGUUAA